UGGAACGAUUAUCUGUAAUCUCCAUAUUGGCCUCAAAGGUUGUGUUUGCUCACCACAAAAUGGAAUGCCUUUUAGUGUCAAAGCACACACGCUUACUUGACUCUAGCACUUGAUAAAAAUCUGUCUUCCGUCGUUUGGUCGUUGGUUUCUAAAGUCAAUAAUGAAAAGUAUCGUGUUACUGUUUUUGACAGCUAUUGCUGUUCAGGGGGCUAUUUUGCCAUUUCUCAAGACGCCUAAGCAUGAUGGGGUGAAGCGAGUCUGUUCUUUGACAGCUGAAAAUUUUACGAAUGUUGUCACAGCGGCUGAUACGGCGAUUGUCAUCUUUACGGAUCCGACAGUUCCGAAAUCUGGUUGCCCUACGGAACUUGAUGUGUUUGCUGAGGUUACAGCUCAAGUUCUAAGAAAGAAGAAUAGUAUUGUGUGCGAAAUUGCCGUUGAUGUGUACAACAUUGGAGUGAAUUCUGAUCCUGUUGCUGUUCAAGUAAAGCCGGAUGAUGUAAUAAUUUUUAAGAAGGGACGUGGGAUACCUUAUUAUGGAAAAAGAACUUCAAGAGCUUUACUAAAUCAUCUGUUCAAAGUUAAUGGUACACAGAUCAAUGUAAUUACCGGAAAAAUUGAUAAGAUUGCUUUUGAUGCCAUUGAACAAGAUAAAGUUGUUGGUUUCUUCAUGCAGGGAACAGCUGACUAUCAGGCAUUUGAAGAUGCAGCUGCUCGCUUAAGUCCAUCUGUUCUUUUCUAUGUAGCAUUUGAUAGAGUGGUUGCCAAACACCUCAAACUGACUACAGUAGGGCAAAUAAAUCUUGUUAAACCAUUUAGUAAGACUUCUAUAGCAUGUCCACAAAAUCCUGCCACAGUUGCUGAUAUUGAAGCCUUUGUCAAGAACAACAAAGGAUCUUUGCUUUCCAAAAUUGAUGAACAUAAUUUAUAUGAUCCAUCACUGAUGGAUCCAAGUAAAUUAUUAGGAUUGGCUGUCGGAGCUGAAGCAUCUUCCCUGGGAGGACAUUUCUAUCGAUUAAUAACCAGAUUAGUUGAAACAACACAUAACAACACUGAUUUUCAAAGUAUUAAUAUUGUUUGGAUUGAACCUGAAAUCUUUCCAACAAUUCAUUUAGUUAUGGAUGAGUUAGAAACUCUGCUUGGUGUUCCGAACAAGUUGCCAGCAUUUGGUGUUAUUAAUGUUACAACACUGCAGAGUUCUUGGCUAAAUACCUCUCUUUUGAACUGUUCUGGAGAUAAAGUUGCUGAUACCCAAAACCUUCAAAUAUUGCAAGAUUUUCUUUUAAGUGUUGUAUCUAAUACUGUUGCUCCAGUUAAAAUAGGAGCACAAGCUUUUGUGAAACCACCAACUGCUCAAACAGCAACAGAAAACUCAGAUGUUGUCCUUGAUUGCAUCAUUGAAAAUCCUGUAGGAGAUUGUUUAUGGCUAAAAGAUGGCAAAAAUAUAGGCUACAAUCUUGACCGCUAUCCACACUAUAAUUGGAAUGGUGACAGGUUGUCUGGAGAUUGCAGUCUUCUCAUCAAAGGAGCUCAGUUGGCACGAGACAGUGGAGAAUGGGUUUGUGAAAUGACUGGGGAUGAAACUUCUCCAACUUUAACUUCACCACCUGUUAAAGUACUCAUAACAGCUGCAGAUCAACCAUCAGAAGUGAAAGCUGAGCUGUGAGACACUAAAUCUUGAUAAAAUAUUCUAAAUGUAUAUUUGUGCUACAGAACUAUUUAUAUGUAUACAUCUUUAGAAAAAAAUGUUUUUCUUUUAUAAACAUUUAAGUGAGAUAUUGUUCAAUAAAUAUACUUUUUAUCUUACUUUAAAAAUGUAAUUAAAUUGAAUUUUACUGUGCAUGCAAUUUACCUUUUAAAAUGUCUUCCAUCUUGUAACACCAUUAGCAUUCCAGGAGGUCAAUCGAUACUUGCAUUUUGAAUUUCAUAAAUUUGUUGUACUCACCGUUCGCCAGAUCUUUCUUCUUCAUCAUCUCUGUUGAAAAUAGCAAUCGUUUGGGGCAGAGUCGAUAGUGGUUGUAAAAUUUCUUAACAACCAGCUAACCACACUGCCAUAAUCGAUUACAAUUGUGUCCGGAAAUUUGUCCUAAAGUAAAUAGAAAUAUUUAAAAAUCUUACCUGCUGCGUGGCAAGCAGUAGGUUUUUUUUUUUUCAGCCGUCCUUUGUCAUAAAAAACUUCUUUCUUUAUUCAAAUGUAGGUGCUAAAUGGUUUAGAAUCUUAUUCUAUCACACUAUUUGCUGUAAAAAAAAUAAUAAAAACAUACAUUAUAUAUUUCAUCAAAAAAAUUUGUUAACAUACGGGAAUUUCCGAGCCUCCAACUCUGCAAGCACUGGCAGAGACUUUCUGGGAAAUGACAGACUCUUGGAAUAUUAAGCCUCGACUCGGACUCAACUCUUUGACUACGACAGGAAAAAAAUAUUAAAAAUAAAUGAAUAAAAUAAAAAAAGAGUUAAAAAUAAAAAAAGAGAAAGAGGGUUGAGAAACAUUUUGGGGAGAUUUUGCUCCGUUGAACUUGGGGGGGGGAUGGGCACCCCUGCUGUGUAGCAACAUGGAUGGUGUUCUGCCGCUGUUUAUGACUAUUAAUUAUGCAAGAUAACUGUGUAUAACAAAUAUUUCCAUAUGACUAA